AUGUCAGCAUCCCCAGAACCCUUCACCCUCUUUCACAAGUUCCCCCCAGAGCUCAAACUCGACAUCCUAAGCUUCUGCACCAGAAACGAUCUAGUCUGCCUCUCACUAACCGGUCCUGAUAUGCGAAAUCUCGUCGCACCACUCAUCCCCAGCAAACCUAAUCUCACAUGGGUCGAUCAACUUGGCCCAACACCAGACGUCCCUUCAGAAUACCAUGAUACACAUCGUAACAACACCCUGCGCCGGCAAGAUUGCGUCGGCGCAAUGGAUCGAAAAGUCGUCUACUCCCCAAUAAGCCAUCGCUUCAGACGCCAUGAAUACGCGGACUACAAAGUCUGCUACCGAUGUCGAAACUAUCCAUCCAAUCACCCGCUCUGCAAUGUUUCAUACUGCAAAAAGCAUUGCGCAUGCAUUUCAUGUCCUUUGUUCAUGAGAUUGCGGGGUUGGAUGGGCGAUCGAAAGUACUGUGCGGAGUGCAAUCAAUUCACCACUCGAACAAGGAGAAACAACGGAAGAUGUACUCACGGGCGGAAAAAGGUGCGAAAAACACCAAAUAACCACUGGAGCCGCAGCAAAGGAUUAUCCUAUGGAAAUCGCUGGUGGAGAAAGUGGGGGACGCAUGGAAUUGACCACGAGGCAUACCAGCCUGGAGAUACCGGCAGACGAAACGCAAGAGUCGUUUAAUCACAGCGACGCUAGGCAGGAUUCGGCAUUCUUCAUCCAGUCUUGGGUCUGGUAGAGCGUAGAGCCAAAAGAAGGAACCCGGCUGUGAAUUUGGGUAGAAACGCCACAGGAAACAGUUCCACUUUCCAUGUACAAGCAGUUGAUGUACUAAGUGUGACAGAAUUCCUGGAUAUGCGGG